CAUACAUAUUCGCGGAAUUUCGCGGUGUUUUUCAGGGGAUUGUUCGUUCUGAAGCCACGCCGCGUUGUUUACUUCUUGCACUGACAGCCGCCCAGAUCUCUGGCCCUUGAGCAACACUGAGCAACAUGGAGUGGUGAGAAAGUGUCAGUCGAGGUGAGAUGGUGGGGGGUUGAAUAGGCCUCGCGAAGAGCCACUCGAAGAGCUCUCGGCGUGUGCCACCAUUUUGUUUCGGGGAAGACGUGAGUGGAUUGUGCGUUGAGUGCAUUGGAGUUCAAUGGAAAAACAGUGGAAAUAGCUCGAUAAUUGAAUUACAGUCCCGUGAAAUUUGCUCGAGUGAUGUGUGAGCGAGUGCCGAGUGUGUGAACCAGAGGGAAUUGUGGAGAAAUAGGGCCUCUUUAGCGCCAUCGAAAAAUACCUUCUUCGUGCUCUCUUCUUUUGUGGCUCGUCGCGCGUGAAGGAAGGAGAAAAGAGCACCUGUCUCCAGACGAAUUCACUGGCCGGAGAGCGCGCGACAUUGGGAGGAAAAGUGCAGCAUUUCCACACGAGAGAGUGACUUCACGAUAUGUCUAACCAAACGAAGCAACGGAUUCAAGUUCCUGACGGCCUUCGUGAUGUCCUGCUAGAGUUCUCAAUAGCCUACCUCUUGGAGCAGCCGGGCGAUGUGGUGGAUUAUGCUGUAGAGUUCUUCACGCGACUGCAGGAGAAUCGUAAAACAAAUAUGGUGGCCGUGGAGGCGCCCUCGCCGGAUGAGAGCGUGAUGUCCCAGGAGGAAGAACCCCUCGUGACGCGCUUCGCGACGCGGCGCAAGUCUGUCUUCGCUGAAACAUACGAUCCGGAGAAUGAUCCAGACGACGACGAAGGCGCCACGGCGAUCUUCCCGAAGACGGACGAGCAGCGCGCGCGCCUGGUGGAGUCCGUGAAGAAUAUCCUGCUGUUCAGGUCGCUGGACAAGGAGCAGAUGAAUCAAGUGCUGGACGCCAUGUUCGAGAAGAUUGUGCGGACUGACGAGUACAUAAUACGACAAGGGGAUGAUGGUGACAACUUCUACGUGAUUGAAUCGGGAAAAUAUCGUGCUUUUGUCGGCGAGACUCUCAUCCACACGUACGACAACAGCGGUAGUUUUGGUGAAUUGGCACUUUUGUACAAUAUGCCGAGAGCGGCCACUAUUCAGGCGGCGACUGAGGGUCAACUGUGGGCGAUGGAUCGGCAAACAUUCCGGAGGAUUCUGCUGAAGUCGGCAUUCAGAAAGCGGAAAAUGUAUGAAUCUCUGUUGGACAAUGUUCCAAUGCUGAAAGCGCUACAAAACUAUGAACGAAUGAAUCUGGCGGAUGCCCUCAUACCAAAAUCGUACGGCAAAGGAGAGAGAAUUAUCAAGCAAGGCGAUGUGGCCGACGGAAUGUACUUCAUUGAGGACGGAUCAGUGUCCAUUCGCAUUCAGCAGGACGAGGGCGAAAUAGAGAUUUCUGUCCUGGGAAAGGGUCAAUAUUUUGGUGAAUUGGCUCUGGUAACGCACAGAUCGAGAGCAGCGUCCGCUUAUGCUGCUGAUAAUGUUAAAGUGGCAUUUCUCGACGUCGAUGCAUUCGAGCGUCUGCUGGGACCUUGCAUGGAUAUAAUGAAGCGCAACAUUGACGACUAUGAGGUACAAUUAAUCAAGAUCUUUGGCAGCAAAAAUAACAUUAGUGAUAUUCGAUAAGAGUGCUGCGCUUCUUCUGGCUGCAUGAGGCAACAAUGAUGACGACGCGGACUGUGGAGAGGAAUGCGCGCGGAAGGUAGAGAAUCACACGUUGUUUUCACAGCAGAUUAACUAAUUUGUAAUCAUUAUAGUGUCCUGGGGGAAAUUGAUAUGAGCAAAGUAUUGCAAUGAUGAUGAAUAAUGUCUCUCAGAAUUGAUUUACAUUGAUGAGAUGAGGAUUGAAAAGGGGAAAAAUGAGAGAGAGAGAGAGGGAGGAAUUUUAGUAAUUUAGUUAAAUCAGAAAGAAUAAAAGUUAAGAAUAUUAAAUUGAUAAUAAAUUGAGGAGAUAUAAAAUUGGAAAAUAAUAAUGGAGGAAAAGAAUCCACGUAGUUUGUUAGUCUCUUUGUUUGUAAGCUUAUUCUUCAAUGUGUUCAGUAAGACAUGUAAUUUCCUGUAUAGAAUUUACAAUUCGAUGUAUUUUGUUGCAACUUUUUUCCCUCUUCAGUUAAUUAAAAAAAAAAAAAACAAACAUCUGCAACGGCAUUCUACUAUUUACGCCUCUUUUCGAAAGAGUCAAGAAAAGAGUGUUUCAGUUUUCUCGCAAAAGUUUCGCUUUUAAGAAAUUAGAUGCUUUGUUAGCGUGUGAACAUGUGAAAAGAACCACAUUUGCAAUAGAAAUGUUCGAUGAAGAUUUGUUGGUUCUGAUCUUUUACACCGAAUUUCUACACAAGUUUGUGGGAAAUCUUGAAAAUAUGUUUUUGCUUAAUUAAUCACUUUAUUAUGCACACUACGUGUAUUUUUCCUGCAUUUAUUCUUCUGUUCGUCAGCAUUGAGCAUGAAAAAGGACAAACGGGCAAAUGUGCUGAAAUAAAACACACGAGAAAUCAAUUCGGAUUGGCAAGAAAAAAAGAGAAAAUGUUUGGUCAUUAUGAGCCAGGUUCUGGUGCAGUUUCCUGAUGACGUUAUGAGUCAACGAAACUGUUAGCUUAGCUUACUCCGAAUGAUGAGAAAUAAGUUUGGGAAUCGAAUCGAUCUUGUAUUGCGGUGAAGGAGUUGCAAAACACUUUCACACUUUUCUGUUCCUAUUUCAAAUUCUUAUUUUAUUAUGGUGAGUCAUAUUCAUGUAUCGAUUUCUAUUUCAUAUUCUAAAUUCUUCUGUUAUACUCUUCACGAUUACAUGUGUUCUAGUGGCGUUUGAUCAAAUGGCAAAAGUGCGUCUUCCAACGCAAGCAUUCUACGCUAGACCAUUUGGAAAAAGACGUGUCAUUUGCUUUCCAUAGAGAUAAUCACGAAGAUUAGAGACCUCGUCGAUUGCCAUCGACACAAUUAGCGCAUUAUGUUCACACUUAAUAAGAUAAAAAGGUCAAAUUCUGAAUGCAGAAAAGAUAUUAAGGCUCUGAAGCACUCUUUUCUUAAUUCCUUCGAAGAGACAAAGAUUUAUUAGUGGAAUGACGUUGCAGAAUGAUUGAUGAUGAAAAUGUAGAUUUCCUCUUAAAUUGCUGUGUAUUUUGGUUGGAAUUUUGCAAAAAUCAAUUCAAUGGAGGAGAAAAGUAGGAAAAGAUAAAUGAAUAUUACAUAAAAUAUUUCAUGAAACAAACAAUUGUAAUAUGAAUAAGUAUGUGUGGAAGGAUAAAUAAUUGUUAAGUGGUGUUACAUUUUUGCCAUCAAUGUGUAAAAUCCUACUGUGAAAAAAAAACACUCCCGAAGUAUUUGUGAAAGGAAAAACAUAUUUACCCCAAAAAAACAACACACAAAGUGUAUGUUUUCCUGCUGGAGCAACUUUCAAUGAUUCCCUCUCGAGAUUGAAUGAUAAGAAGCAAGAAAAAACAACCUCUUGUGAAGCCUCUAAUAAAGCAUUUUUCUAUUGGGUUUCACUCUUCCCCCUUUUUUUACCAAAUAUAUAAUACAACAAAAUGCACACAAAAGUUAGAAAGAAAAAAAUGACAACAGAAUAACAAAACAAAUAAAUCUUCAGUGGGAAAUUUUCUCAAACCAUAAUAUUGUAAUCCAUGCAAGAGAAAUAAUAUGGAAAAAAACUGAGCUUAUUUAUUGUUAAGACAAUAUUGAUGAUGAAAAUUUACACAAGUAUUUACCUAUAGAUGCGAUCUAUUUAUAUAAUAUUUAAAUGAAUGGACGACGAGUGGAUUGAGGAGAAUUCGGGCGGAGGAAGAUCACUUAAGAAGAGGUUCUUAUAUUCUGUCUAUCCACUAAUUUAUUCCUCAGCACAGCACUUUUAUAUUAUUCUUCCUUUUUCUUUGCUAAACUGACGCCUAAUUUAGCUGGUAGUUUAUAUAAUCAUUAUUAUCGCGUCAAAGACGAUUUUUACUUAAAGUGCGAGCGAGAAUGCUGGAAAUUCUGCUCAAUGCAAAGUGCUUUUGUUAUUUAUUUACACAUAAAUUCUUUUUUUUGUUUUUCAUUUAUUUGCCAUAAUGUUGAGAAUCCUGUAAAUUAUUCCAAUGUUGUGUUUUUCCCACGCAAGAGGAGGAAAAAUAAUCAUAACCAUAGAAGCGCAUGUUUAAUAGCAGGAGAAGCAGAAGAAGAAGAAGUAUUGAUGUUUCCCAAUUUCAUCCCCCACAAAAGUGAGAAGUAAAGUAAGAAAUAAAGUCCCCUAUCUUUUCUCAAUGUGACCAUAAUAAAUCGUGUGUAAGAGGAGAAAAGUCCCCAAAAAUUGUAGUUGUUAAGUGACGAUUGAGGAAUCCUUAACUAAUGGAAUUAAAUGUUUAUUUAUUACAUGUUGUGUACAUAAUAAGUUUCAGCUGAAAAUUCAUAAUAAGCAAGAAAAUGAGAUGAGAAGAAAACCAAUCAUAAGAUGUUUAAGUAGAGAAAAUCAUAAAGAAGAAGAGUUAUAUAAAGAAAAAAAAAACUGAAUUCGCCGUGCAAUAGGAGGAUUAAAAGAAAACCUAGUUUAUUGCUUUAGACAAGAGACACAAGGAGAGUGUCUCUGAAUAAAAUUGGGAGAAGAAGUUUAAAUGGAAAAAAAGAAAUAAUAAUGUGAAAAAAGGCGCGGAAGUCUUGUACAAAAUUGGUCUAGUCUAGAAGAAUUAUAUUGAAAUAAUUUUUGCCAUAAUAAAGAGAAGAAGAGGAAAAAAAACAAUGAGCAAAGAAGCUACAUUAUAAAGAAAAAAAAUGAUGGAGAAAGUUAUUAUUAAGUAAAGAGAUGAAAAUAUAAAAAUAUUCACUGUCCUUAUGCAAUUCAUGAUAAUCGACAUGGAAAAAGAGUUGAGAAAAAAUCACCUAUAUUCAGCUACAUAUCUUGCAUAUCUUGCAAAAGGAAGAUGAAAAAAAUAUUGUAUUAAAUUGUAUCGGCACCAAAAUAAAGAUGAGACAACAAACAUUACAUUUAUUAGGCAAAAAUCACACACACACAAAACCAAGUAAAUUUAGAAAGUGUGGAGAAUAAAUUCUUAAUAAAAAAAAAUCUACUUGCAUUAGGUUCUUAGGUUUUAGGCAUCUGGGAUGUCCCGACAAGCGACGGCUUGGCAAGAGUAAUUUAAUUGUUUAGUUGCAAUUGAGAGAAAAUUGUAUUAUUUUUUUUUCUCAAAAUAGGCAAAUGAGGAUAAAUAAAAUAGUUGAAAUGGCAAAAGAUGGAAAUCCAGUGAGAAUCACACAAAAUUUGAAUUAUACAAAUUGGAAGCAUGAAAAGUGAAUAAUAUUGAAACACGAAUAUCAGAGAAUAUGUAUAAGAGCCCAAAUAUUGAAUUAUUAAAUGUCUUUAUAAAUUA